AUGGGUUUAAUUAUAAAGAACGGUGUGAAAGCCAUUUCGGAUGGCAGGGUUCUAGAAGCCAUUGUAUGGCUGAUUUUCAUGCCUCUGACCAUUAUUAUUGAGGUGCUUAUAGUUCAGUUUUCUCUAAAUCUGAUGCAGGCGUUCAGGAGAAUAAGGCAAGUGGCUAGAUUUAGAAAAAUCACAGUAAAGACCAAUGAAACUUUUAAUGACCCAAAGAAUGCAUACAACAAUCUGACUAAGGCAUUAGAAAAGAUAAUAAGCAAUAUUUAUGCUGCAGUGAAAGCACAUGCUCCAGUUUUAGACAUUUUUAGUAACCAAGGAGGAGAUAAAGACUCUAACAGAGAAAAUAAUACUAAAGACUCUAACAAAGAAAAUGAAAAAAAGAAGACGGCAAAGUCUUACAGUAGAAAAGAAAAAAAAAGAGGAAGCCGCGUAAAAGCAGUAAUCAUUGCUGGAUUAGAGGUGCUUGAGAGCAUAUAUGGAAAACUAAUAGAUAAGCUACUGAGCCUAGUAGGCAAAGCAAUAAUAUACUGCAUAUGUGGAGUUUUGGUCAUGCUAGUUAUAACAGUAAACGUACUUAUGUACUUUAUAAAAUAUGCGUUUAACAUAAUGCGAAGCAUGCUAGAGAAAAUUCCUUUUGUAGGCGAUUUUAUAAAGGAGAUUCCUAAGCCUUCAUAUAUGUUUCAAAAUAUUGCAGAUGAAUUGUCGAGUAUUAUUUACCCAGAUGAAGACAACUGUAUUUAUCAAAUGCAAAAGAAUGUUAUAGAAUCUCAUAAAACUAAAAAGGAAUCACUAAGCAAAAUAAUGACAUCAUAUGUAGACCUGUGCAUUCUUAUCACAGCAAACAUUUUCUGCAUUUUAAUUCGAACAAUUGGGGAGAUUGGAACCGUCAUAUGCGAUGGAAACAACUACACCGUCUUCACAGCUGGAAUUUUGUCAAUUCUAGCAGGAGUGUGUGUACUUGCAUCCCCAAGCAUUGUAAACCCACAGGAUUACUCAAUGCUUGCGCAGACAAAGCCGCUGUGGGUCUUCGCAGAAAAAAUGUGCCUGUUGCAAGGUUUGUUCUUCGCAUCGUGCACAGUGGGCGCUGUACUGUAUUGCAUAUCACUCCUCAAGAACAAGGAUAUGACUGAGCAGAGUGUAAGAAGAAACGCAAAGAGUGAGAGAGACGAGUUCAAGUUUGUGGUCCUCAACAUGCUUGCUGUGGUCUGUGCGUUCUUUGCCUGCGGUGCACUUGGGAACGUCCUCAUAGCAGGACCUGCUGAUAUGUUUAGCACCUUGCCAGGUCUCUUUGUAUAUGCAAUGAUCAUAGGAGCUGUGAUAGACAUAAAAAACAUACUUUACAAGGUAUCUAUAAGCCAAGUAAAACAGCUGAAGGGGAUUCUUGUAUCUGUGCUUGUGGCUGCAAUGUACUACGCAUCAGUCACAUCUUCCAUUCAGCUAGUUCCAUGCAUUCUUCUUGCAGUAGCUUUGUGCGUGUGUGCUCUGCCUGUUCCCAAGAAUAAGGAUGAUAUUUUGCCGUUUAACAACAAAAAGAUGCGGAUACAGCAGGUAUCGUACCUUGUUGUGCGCCUAGUUAUCAUAGGAGCACUGAUCAUGGUUGCAGAGCCCAGUGUGGCCACUGUUGUAUUCAGGCCCUUUUUAUACGCAAACCUUUUAGUAAAAUGGGCAUACAAUGGCUUGAUUGCCACAGGCGCUUUCUAUGUCUUUGAGAAAGUAUAG